CUCGGCGGAUCUAUUUCAAGCGAUGGGCCGUUUCGGCGAAGCGUUCGACGCUGCCGUGGAGGCACGGACACCCGAGGCGUUCUCGCUCUUCCAAGCGCAAGUGGAUGGGUGGGUGAUCGACGGUCAGUUUGCACGCAGCUCGACCGACGUCGAAAGCGCACUGGUGCAGCUCAUGGAUGGAUAUGGCGUCAAUGCUCCCGAGGUGCAAGCAAUGUGCGAAGAGUUUAUAUUGUUAUGCAACUCGGCCGCGAUGCGCGCAUUGAGUUUGGCCGAGUCGGAGGACGCAUUGGACCUGCUCACGUUGGCCGACCAACACACGACCCCUGGUACAUGCCACUUGGUCGACGACAGCCACCGCAAGCGCCUGCGUGGGAUCACACUCAACAACUUUGCGUGCUACUUCAAAAAACAUGGCAAACUGCACACGGCCAUCCAGUACUUGGAAAAGACGCUCAAGAUUGAAUCGUCUAUUGCGAAUGUGGAAAACCCGGCCGGCACGCACUUGAACAUUUGCGCGAUUUUAUCGCAAAUGGGGAGACAUGUACGGGCAGCAGAACAUGCGCGCUGUGCGAUCGAAUUGCUCAAGUACGAGCGCACAAAAGCGAUGGCGGACGAACGAGUUGCAGGGGGCGGCGCACCUUCCAACAACAAGAGCGACACGAGCGUGUUGGCCAUUGCGUAUUACAACUGGGGCGUCGAAUUGGAGCACAUGCGACGGUUCGACCAAGCGAUCAAAGCCUUCACCAAAGGUAGUAACGUUAUGUACUGCGGUCGAUGGUUGCAAGAGGGACGAACGAUGUGUUGGGAAAUGUAUGACGCUUAGGACACGAAGUGGCGUGCAGCGAACUCGAUGCCAGCCACCCGAUGAUACAAGCCAUGUACAAAGCGCUCGUGGACGUGGAAGAUCACGUAGCUGUCAAGAAAGGAUACGCCGUGACACCUCGCAGCGCUAUCAAGACGCCACGGACGGCGCGGUGAUUGAAUUCAAGUGGCCUUGGUGAAUACAACACGACAACACCAUCGAGUGAGAAGCGAGAACUUGGUCAAAAGAAACACUAGCCAAUGUAGCUACCAAUGGAUAGUGUUAGGUUGAUGCUAACGUUAGUCGCCUUCUUUGACGAGACAUUCAAGUUGC